CUACCCCCACUCGACACACUCUUGGCCUUUGCGUCUCUUUCUCUCCCUCCGAUUUUCUCUCCGUUUUCCCCUCUUUCUCGUGAUAGAAAAAUCACUCUCCGUGUUUUCCCGGGAAACUUAUAGGUGUCGUUGUGUUUCUCCACCGGAUCUGAUCUCUGGGCGCAAAUCCGAGGAUUAUGGAAGGAGUUGAUCAUCUCGCCGAUGAGAGGAACAGGGCCGAAUUCGACGUCGACGACAUGAAGAUCGUCUGGGCCGGUUCUCGCCACGCUUUUGAGGUUUCUGAUCGCAUCUCCCGCCUCGUCGCUAGCGAUCCGUUCUUCCGCAAGGACCAUAGAGGUGUGUUGAGUAGGAAGGAGUUGUUCAAGAACACAUUGAGGAAAGCUGUUCAUGCGUGGAAAAGGAUCAUUGAGCUUCGACUCUCCGAGGAAGAAGCAGGUAGACUGAGGUUUUUCAUGGAUGAGCCCUGCUUUGUUGAUCUACAUUGGGGCAUGUUUGUGCCCGCUAUUAAGGGUCAGGGCACUGAAGAGCAGCAGAAGAAGUGGUUAUCUCUGGCCAAUAGGAUGCAGAUUAUAGGGUGUUAUGCUCAAACUGAGCUGGGCCAUGGCUCAAACGUUCAGGGUUUGGAGACAACCGCCACUUUUGAUCCAAAGACAGAUGAAUUUGUCAUGCACAGUCCAACUCUGACUUCAGCCAAAUGGUGGCCUGGUGGACUUGGAAAAAUUUCUACUCAUGCUGUUGUUUAUGCUCGUCUCAUAACCGAUGGUGAAGACUAUGGUAUCCAUGGAUUUAUCGUGCAACUGCGCAGUUUGGAUGACCACUCUCCUCUCCCAGGCAUAACAGUUGGGGAUAUUGGGACGAAGUUUGGGAAUGGGGCAUAUAACUCAAUGGACAAUGGUUUUCUUAUGUUUGAUCAUGUCCGCAUCCCGAGAGAUCAAAUGCUUAUGAGGCUGUCAAAAGUUACUAGGGAUGGCAAGUACGUACCAUCAGAUGUUCCAAGGCAAUUGGUGUAUGGUACUAUGGUGUUUGUGAGACAAACAAUUGUGGCUGAUGCUUCCAGUGCGCUGUCUCGGGCAGUUUGCAUAGCUACAAGGUACAGUGCUGUGCGGAGGCAAUUUGGCUCACAGAAUGGUGGUCUUGAGACGCAGGUUAUUGAUUACAAAACUCAGCAGAAUAGAUUAUUUCCUUUACUGGCAUCUGCUUACGCCUUUCGAUUUGUCGGGGAGUGGCUGAAAUGGCUGUACAUGGAUGUAACUCAAAGGCUGCAAGCCAAUGAUUUCUCGACGUUGCCUGAGGCUCAUGCAUGCACUGCUGGACUCAAGUCCUUGACUACCUCUGCCACUGCGGAUGGCAUUGAAGAAUGCCGGAAGUUGUGCGGAGGACAUGGCUACUUGUUUUGCAGCGGUCUCCCUGAGUUGUUUGCUGUCUAUGUCCCUGCCUGCACAUAUGAAGGAGACAAUGUUGUGCUUCUUUUACAGGUAGCAAGAUUUCUCAUGAAGACAGUUGCCCAGCUGGGGUCAGGAAAGGCUCCUGUCGGGACAACAGCUUAUAUGGGACGGGCAGAACACCUUAUGCAAUGUCGUUCUGCUGCUCAAAGGGCUGAGGAUUGGUUAAAACCUAGUGUGGUGCUGGAGGCUUUUGAGGCACGGUCUUUGAGAAUGGCUGUUGCUUGUGCGACGAAUCUCAGCAAGUAUGAGAAUCCGGAACAAGGAUUUGCAGAGCUCUCAGCUGAUUUGGUCGAGGUUGCGGUUGCUCAUUGCCAGCUGAUCGUCGUAUCCAAGUUUAUAGAGAAACUGGAACAAGAAAUCCCAGGAGGGAAGGGAGUGAAGAAACAGCUGGAGAAUCUCUGCUACGUCUACGCCCUCCAUCUUCUCCACAAACACCUCGGCGAUUUCCUCACCACCUCUUCCAUCUCUCCCGAGCAAGCCUCUCUCGCCUCCGACCAGCUCCGUUCCUUGUUCUCUCUGGUUCGUCCAAACGCGGUCUCGCUGGUCGACUCGUUCAACUACACAGACCAUUACCUGGGUUCCGUACUGGGCCGCUACGACGGGAACGUGUACCCGAAGCUGUUCGAGGAAGCGUGGAAGGAUCCCCUGAACGACUCAGUCGUCCCCGACGGCUACCAUGAAUACAUCCGCCCCCUCCUCAAGCAACAGCUCCGCACCGCUCGCCUCUGAUAGUUGUCGUUCUAACUCCUAUUGAAGACUUUUGUUUUAUCUCAAUAAAAUCGCCCGGUAAUUAAGUCCGGCGAUUAUGUUUUUUUUUUUUUUAUUUAAAGCGCGCCAAAAAUACUAAUGUAAGACAUAGUUUUGGUUAUGCGUACAUAUUCAAGGUUUUGAAAAAAAAAAUAAUAAAA